CCUUAUAACAAAUUAGUUUAUGUUCUGAAAAGUCAUAGUGGAGAAAUAUACUGGCUGUUUACUACUGAGGAUGCCGUCAAAAGCUCAGCAACCGUGGAUCCAAGCACGGGACUCCUUUACAUUGGCUCUCAUGACCAGCACGCUUAUGCUCUAGAUAUCUAUAGAAAGAAGUGUGUUUGGAAGUUAAACUGUGGAGGAACUGUCUUUUCUUCCCCUUGCUUGAGCCUGAAUCCACAUCGCUUGUAUGUUGCUACACUGGGAGGACUCUUACUGGCUGUGGAUCCUGCUACUGGGAACAGAGUUUGGAAACAUUGCUGUGGAAAGCCCCUCUUCUCUUCUCCACGAUGUUGCUUACAGUAUAUUUGUAUUGGCUGUGUAGAUGGGAAUUUACUCUGCUUUACUCACUUGGGAGAACAGAUUUGGCAGUUCUCUACCAAUGGACCCGUUUUUUCAUCCCCGUGUACCUCAGCAUCAGAGCAAGAAAUAUUUUUUGGGUCUCACGAUUGCUUUAUCUACUGCUGUAAUGUGCAAGGUGACCUCCAGUGGAAAUUUGAAACGACGUCAAGGGUGUACGCAACACCGUUUGCUUUCCAGAACCACAGUCGCAGCAAUGAAAUGCUGGCAGCAGCUUCCACUGAUGGGAAACUGUGGAUCUUGGCAUCUCAGAGUGGACAACCCCAAAGUGUGUAUGAACUUCCCGGAGAAGUCUUCUCCUCUCCUGUGGUCUGGGAAUCAAUGCUCAUUAUCGGGUGUAGAAAUAAUUAUGUUUAUUGCCUGGAUCUAUUAGGUGGCAAUCAAAAAUAUAGUCCUUGUUAGUAUGUAGAUGUGAAAUGUUUGAAAAUAUUUUGCCAUUAGCCUGUGGAGAGUCUUAUUUUAUAUUAAAGAUUAUAUUUUGGUUAAGAAACUUGUCUGCUAUGCUUUAUUGAAGAAUGUUUUACACCCAUAAGAGCAACAAAAGCUUUUAGUAGUUAGAGAAGAAAACACAAUAUAUUUAGUACCACUGUCUUUUAAUUAGGUGUGAUUUCGUGUGUUAAUUUGACUGGGGUAAGGGGUGCCCAGAUAGCUGGUGAAACAUCACUCCUGGCUGUAUCUGUGAGGAUGUGUCUGGGAGAUUAGGAAUUGGAAUCCGUAGACCGAAUAAAAAAGCGUCGCCCUCACCCGUAUGCCAGUGUGGCUGGGCAUCCAGUCUGAUUGAAGGCCUCACUAGAAUAAAAGACAGAGGAAGGGUGAAUUCGCUCUUUUCUGUUUCUUCCAUAAGGAAGAGAGAGAGACAACACCCCCACUGAGGCAUUGACACUGUGGUCCACCUCCACCUUUGGCCAGCCCCAGACCAUGGGCACAUGUGUGCCUGGUGUGCUCAGGGAAGUCUCCAGACACAGAUCCAGAACCUGCCCAUGGGGGUGGGAUCGGCCUCCCAGAGCCUGUGUCUUACACUGUGCCACCUCUUCUUGUGUCAGCUCCUUCUCUUCUUGAAUGAGGACAUCCGUCGUCUUCUGCCCUUGGACAAGAGUUCCUUGUCCUCAGGCUUUGAGAGUCUGGGUCUCACACCAGCAGCCCCACCUCUCCCUGGUUUUCGGGCCCGGGAGUUAUACUGCUGACUCUCUGGAGUCUACACCUCACAGCAAUAGUGGGACUUCGCAGCCUCCAUAAUCACAUGAGCCAAUUCCCAUGAUAAU